GAAGAGUGUUGUACUAGAGUCUUUGCGAGCGUGUCGAGAAAUCAUCAAGAGAGAGUCCAUCAAGAGAGAGUCCUAAAAAGAGAUAAAACCUCUUCUCCAACAACACUGUCACAAUCAUAAAAGAUGCCGCGUUGUCUCUCUUUGCUGCUUGCUACUGGAUGUUACCUCGCUUUCGCAGGCGCAGAGGAGGCGACACAGGAGACGCCCAUUGUUGAGCAGGUGGUGAGCGCAGAUGUGAAUGCUGCUUCUUCUUCUUCUCCUGGAGACGAGGCGAAAGAAGCGGGAGAGACCCUGAAGGAUGACAAAGAAGAAACUCCUGCCACCGUUGUCGAAACGGAAACGGUAGCUGCGAACGAGGAGGAAGUUGUUAUGGCUUGGAUGAAAUGUCGUGUCCAGCGACUAUCCGAUAAUGUACAUGAUGCAAGGAUACUAAAUUUGGGAUGUUGUACAUGAUGCAGCUAGAAGACUGCCCUAAAUUUAUUUUUACAGACCACCUCUCUUUCCUCGAAGCUUUCCGCCAUGAAGAAGUCUUCGAACAGCACCACUGUUGAGGAGGAGGAAGCCAACAGCACUUCUGUGGAGGCCAGCAACGCGACUGUUGAGGAGGAAGACGACACCAAGGAGUUGAGUGAAGAAUCUUCUAUCAUGUCGAAUCUGACGGUUGCUUUUGUGGGCGAGACGCUUUCCCCUCUGACCUUUCUGGCACGACCAUCUGGAAAAGUAUUAUAAGAUUCUUUUAAAAAGAGCAGUUGUUUUGAUUUUGGAUAAGUAAACUAAUCUACAGAGAUGAAGUUGAAAUAUUUAUUGAACUCUCACUAGCCUACUCCUAUAUCAAGUGAUCAUCUGUUCCUCAUAAAUAUGCAACUAUUUAUUUGUCUAUAUUGUGAUUUUCCAAAUAUGUUGUUAGUGGUCCUAGUACUCCUUUUCACUUCUCUCAUUGGACCAGAUGAGAGACGCAGAUACCGAAGGACGCCGUUUGCCACGCAUGAGGCCGUUUAGACUAGGGAAUUUAGAAUUCCUUUCUCACAACAUGGAAAAGGGGACGCGGGCACUGCGUAAGAAACUGCCGAAGACCCUUCUUUUACUCCGUGAGGCACCAGUACAGCCAGAAGUGGCGACCAGUGAGGAGGAGAUGAACGGUACAACUCCUGAGUCUUUUUAUGCAAAAUGAAAAAACUUCGAUAUUAUGUGGACAAUACAUAGGAAUUUCACUCCGCUUGCGAUGUCUUGCAAUUUGGAAUUUGUAAGGUUUUCUGACUUGUUUAACAAAGCAUUGUGUCUCUAGUACAGUCUUCCAAAUUAUUCUUGAGAAUUUACUUACUUGAAAUUCCGAGUCCCGAAUUUCGCCACCCUUCACGCUCAGGUACCGCCAACGCAACAGUAGCCGAUGUAUGGUCAUUUGAUGGUCAUCAUGUUGCACAGACCUUGGUGGAAUCGUAUCCGAAGCUGUUUGCUUUCUCUGGCACUCCCUACGAACUCGAUGCUGACGUACGACGCGCGCGCCGUGUUUCCGAAGGUCUCACUAUCGGGGAUGGGGAUAACGAUGAAGAUUCUGUUAUGAUUAGUAGGCAUCCAUAGCGUGUUCAGAAACUAGGCAAUUCAUUCAGUCCCGUUUUUUUUUUCUGUCACUAUUUAUUAUAAGGUAUCGACGAGCACGAGCAGGUGCCGGUGGGGCUCGUUGUGCAGGAUCCACAACCUAACCUAACCUAACCACCGACGCUUGGAUGGAGAUGACCUCUAGAAGAUCACUGACAAGUAGUACUUAAAAGGAAAGCUCAUCUUGUCCAAGCACAGCAACUUCAAAGCAAAUCAUUUCCAAAAGUGCAAAGAAGGAAAAAUAGGGGAGAAGAAAUAAAAAACACUGACCAGGCACAAUUAACCAGACCUCCUGCCAGGCACAUCAAUCAAUCAAUCAAUCAAUCAAUCAAUCAACCGCUGUACUUCAAAUCAAAGCAUUUCAACCGCUGUACUUCAAAUCAAAUCAGAUCUAAAAAUAUGUCCGAGACAACCCCACAAGAGACGGCAGGAGCAAACGAAACGUCUACAUCGAGAGAAGGAGCUCUGGAGAGUGUAGAGGAAACUGCGGAGGAGUACGUGGAAACGGAGGACGACUUGGCCAACUUCCACAUCCUUUUAAGGCGUACGACCCUAAUUGUCCAUCUGCAGCUAGUACAUCUUCUGGGAAGAGCUGUCCCGCAAGAGGAAAACAGCUCCAAGAUGAGUCUAAAGAUGGAUUUGAGUGAGCUCUAAUGCUUUCUGCAGCUGGCAAGAUUCGCAGGGCGAAAGGCUUCGAGAAACUCGCAGAAGCUAUGAGGGCGAGUGCGGAUGACAGUCCCGAAGCACAGAUGGCAUCGCAAUUGCUGAACGCCAUGGGCGGCGGAAAGAAGAGAAAGUUAAGGCUCCGGAUUUUCAGGGUUUCGUAGUGAGAUUUGUUUCGGCUUGUGUAAGGAACUAAGGUAGAAGCAUGGAUUUUCAUGAUCAUGUUGGUGAAGCAUGGAUUUUGAUGGUGUGCUGAUGAGAUCAACAGUUUGGCGACAAGGUAUUGUUCCUUGCCAAUAAAAUAGCGACAGGAAGAAGCAUUAUAGAUGAAAGUCUUAUACCAGCAAAAACUAGCUCUAAAAACCGGCAAGAAGCUCGACAGCACAAAGAAGCACGACAGCACCAAGAAGCUCGACUACCAAGCACUGCUCGGAAUCGGCAUGAUGACAAUCAUUGCCUUGGGCGCAGUGUCCAACUUCGGUCGCGGUCAGCGAAAGUGGAAGACUAAGCCCUCCAAGGCUUUCAUCGAGCGCGAACAGAAGAGCCUCUAAUUCGACCACUCCGAAGAACGGAAGUCCCUCUAAUUCGAUCUCUUCGAAGAUGAGGAAACUCCUUUCUAAUUCACGACUAGUAUAGUUCACAACUACUUAGAAGUCUAAUCGUAAUGAUCGUAAAGAUCAUCUUCAGUGCUUUCUGAUGCAGUUUUCAUCAUAGGUGAUCGAGAAGAUAUAAAGUUGUGAGUGUGACUGACGAUACAUAUCUAGUAAGCGUUGAGAAGUUGCAAGCAUAUCUGUCGUCUGUGUGGUCUAGGAUUCAAAAUCAUUUACGUAUGUCAUGCUAGUUAAAAGAACCAUUAUAGAGUCUGGCACCUGCAUCUGUCCAAAAUAUGGAUGAUGUUGCCUAUCUCUUAUUUACUCAUGUUUGUCAAAAAUUUGCUACCUGUUACUACGAAGUAUUGUUUUGACCAACACGACAUUCUUCAUAUUAUACAAGAGCAAGAACGACACCCUAGUAAGAACGAGUGGUCAAUUAUUUCGUGGUUGUACUAAAAAGGAGUAUGAAAAGACAUCAAAUAAAUUCUUCGACAUGUUGUAAUCCCAAGAAUCACCUCCACAGACGUCACUUCAACAUAAAACUUUUUCACUAUUGUACUAACAUCAGGUGCACAUAGUUUAUUGUUUUCUGCUAAAGAAAUUGCUAAAAUUGUCAGAUUGAUUCCUAGAUCUUUCUGUAACGACGAGGUUUACCGACCUUUUCCGACUGUACAUGGUACUCCAUAGUUUUAGGUACUAGAAAAGGAUUUCCAUGCCUCAAACAGUUUGGACAAAACCAGUGCUAACGGUUCUCGUACUGCCACAGGGGACCAAUGCGUCCCUAUGAUAUCACAGGAAAAAACAACACUCGCUAUCGUGCAUAUACAAAGUGCCCAGCACGCCGUCACCUGCUCUCAUGGAAACAGAGUCGGAAAGAGACCGAAGAUGUAGAGGCGGGCAUAGAUGCGCUUCAAGAGAGAAA